ACAGCAGCAUCCUCUCGCUGUGAGCAGCCACCGGAAGAGCGAGUGAUCUGUCCCCGCCCCGGCAGCUCAGUCAGUCCGACCCGAAGAGAAGGAGAGUCCACGGCUAAAAAUACAAUAGCUAACACAAGAUGGCCGGUUUGCCUCGUAGGAUUAUAAAGGAGACGCAGCGGUUGAUGGCGGAGCCCGUUCCAGGGAUCACGGCUACGCCCGACGAAGGGAACGCUCGUUACUUCCACGUGGUCAUCGCGGGGCCUCAAGACUCUCCGUUUGAAGGAGGCACAUUUAAACUUGAACUAUUUCUUCCAGAAGAGUAUCCCAUGGCAGCUCCCAAAGUGCGAUUCAUGACCAAAAUCUACCACCCCAACGUCGACAAACUGGGAAGAAUAUGUUUAGACAUUUUGAAAGAUAAGUGGUCUCCAGCCCUGCAGAUCCGUACAGUGUUGCUAUCUAUCCAGGCGUUAUUAAGUGCUCCCAAUCCAGAUGAUCCCCUGGCAAAUGACGUCGCAGAGCAGUGGAAGAAAAACGAAAGCCAUGCCAUUGAGACAGCCCGAACAUGGACCAGGCUCUACGCGGGCCCCAGCGAAGUAUAGAAGAAGAGAGACGAGGCGACUGAAUGUGAUCCACAAAAUGUACUCCUAUUAUGUCAACAUUUGAAUAUAACGGACACACACAAAAAAAAAAAUGAGAAAAGAAAAAAAAAACAAGAUCAUAAGUCCAAAUCUAUCUCAAAAGAAAAUGACUGAAUCACUGCUGCAGACCUCUGGGUGACUUAUUCUCCCCUCGAAGACGCGUUAAAUGUGUGUAUGUCUAUUAUUAUUUUAUUUUGUUUCUGUGUUGCUAUUUAAAUGCAUGGGCCGAGGAUGGCACCCUCCCCACUACAGUCUUAAAACCACCAUGCAAUGUGUUGUCCUGAAGUAGGCACAUACUGGUACGUUUGCAAAAUAUACAUUAAAGCUGCCCUUCUUUUAACACACUUGAUUUGUCAACACAUCUGUCCGUCUUUUUGUGAGAGAUGAAUUAUGUCUGUGCAUACGGACAAUUAACAACACUUGCGUAUUUAAUGGGUGGUGCAGCUACGGUAGUUCACUGUCAUCUCAUGGGGGCACUUAACACACGUGAAACUUACUACACUUACUAAAUGUGAAAUCAAGUCAAUUUAAAGGGGUUCCACUUAGAAAAUACACCCUCAAAUGGUUUUUCAGUCCUAUUUAAACUGUAUCUUCAUCUGAAAUGUAAGAUUCGUAAAUAGAGACUUGAGGGGAAAAAGAAGUUUACCUUCCAGAUCUGCUGGUAGAUAAUACACAACACUUUUUAAACCAUUUAUACGAUGGCUAGUGUCAAUUUAUGGCCCAGACGGAUGUGAUUCUUCACUUUUCACAUCUAAACAUUGUUCGCAAAGUGAAAGUAAAGACAGAUUAUUGUCAGAUUCGGUGCAUGAGCCCAGUAAAAUGAGGAUUGUGCUCAAAAUAAUCCUUCAUUCAAAGUAUUUUUCUCAUCUUUCAAUGAUCAGUCUUUACAGCCCCGGUCAGACGGUUUAGGGAGGGUGAGCGAAUCGCUUCCACACACUUUAAAAUUAAACAAAAGCCGUUCCCGACCCAUCCAGAAAGGUAACAGACUAUACAGAUGUGUUGAGAACGAAUUUUCUUUUUUUUUUUAAGAGUGUAGGAAUCUGAGCUGUUUUUAUUUUCUUUUUUUUUAAAUGUUUGUCCAUGCUAUCUAUGUUGCCUGUUCUCGAUUUUAUUUCCAGAGUUAAUGAAACAGAAGGCAUGUACCAGAACCAGACUGACAUCAGGACUAGAUUUCUAUAGGGUUUUUCUUUUUGUCGAGAGUUGAAGUGCUUUUCUUUAAAGGGAUAGUUGAGGCUUCUUUUCAAAGGUGUUGUCGUUUCUUCUCACCGUGACUUUCCGAACCGGGUCUCAACCUGCUUCUGCUCUUUCUAUAUCGAUCUGCGAUGAUUAUGCAAGUGAAUUCAAUCGAUUCCGGAGGGACUUUUGUGGUAGAAGAAGUGAUGUCACAAAUACAAUAUUCAAAUAUUCCUCAUUAAAGAUCCUCUGUUACAGAUUUCCUAUUGGCUAGAAAUCCGCAGUCCCUGAAAACGGAAAAUCCUGCGUCAAAUUCUGCGUUGAUUUAUUGUCGAUCUUAACAGCUUUCCUUUUAAAGGUCACUGUGUUAGUGCAUUAGAGGGAUCGGUGUGACUCGUUGUCCAGUAACUUUAGACCCUUCACGCUCAUCUUGCUUCUCUAUGGCUCAUCUGAGAGAGGACCGUAACGUUACGUUGUAGUAAAACUUAUUUUCGUUUCUCUUUUUCUCGCUCUUUCUCGGACUAUAUCGCAGGCUUUGGUGUUGCUUAGAUUUGUUUGUGUCCUGUCCUGACCCCGAAGUAUUAAAUAACUGUUUCUAACCGCUGCAUUUACUCACGUCUGUAAGAUGGAGCACGGCUUAAAAGAAGAAAAAACAAAAAACAACCACAACCGAGUUAACUUAUUGUUUUCACUGAGGAACUUGACCGCAAUCUGAAGGAAUAAAAAACGAGAAACCAAGUCACUCACUGGAUUUUUGAAGCAUCUAGAUCAAACGUAUUGAGAGAUUAACUCUUGUUAAUCAGCUCCCCAUGUGUAAAGAAGAAGAAGAAGAGUUCUGUCGGUAAUUUCAGUACAUUUGCAUACAUGGCUCUUCAAAUACUCUGUAAAUAAACUGAGUUGAGUAAGUA